AGCAGACAGUCAGCGGAGCAUCGGCACGGCAACAGAGGACAGAGGAGAGAAGAAGCAGAAGACAGUGAACACAACAUCCAGAAGAUUUUCAACAGCAGCAGCAGCAGCAGCAGUGGCAGGACAUCUGUGACAUCUGUGUCUGUGACACAGUUCACAGCAAAGCAGAAGCAACAGAUUGUCCCCAGUUGCAAUUGUUGCUGCAGCCGACGCUCUCCCGGCUGAUCCGGGGUUCGGAAACGAAGCUGAUUUGCAGCAGCUCCUGCAGCCGCCGUCCCCCGGGUUUUGAAAGUCAGUUUGUCUCGGUCGCAGAGAUGCACGAGGAAAUGACAACGCCGCGAGACGGAGACGAAAAGCUCUGAUUCAGUCGAGGGGAGCAACUGCUGGGCGUCAACAUCACCUCCGCCGCCGGCGUCUCCUCCCAUCCUCCUUCCUCCAGCAGGUUCUGAAGAAGAGCAGGCGUCUGAGCGGUGAAUGCACAAACAGGAGGAGGACGUGAGAUUGACAUGCAGAGAGCAGAGUUCAGGGAGUUUCACUGUGAAACAACGAGAGCAGGAUAUCAGGCUUUAUCAGCGUGAGACUCGGCUCCAGACGUCAGACAGUCCAUCAGACUGACACCUGGACAGGAGAGCGAGGAAGAGGAGGAUGAGAACGGAAACAAAACAAGAAUCCAAACACUAGAGGAGAUGACAGGAAGUCAGAGAUUUAACUCUGCUGCACAAAGUCACACGUAGAUAUUCACUUUAUUUAUCAGAUCAAGUGAAACCAACAGAAACGUAUCUCCACAUUUUAUUUCUGGGAUGAUUUUGCGUCACUGGAACCUGCGUCUAAACUGAGCAACACUGACAUCUUUCUUCCGCCGCCGCUCGCUGACAGGAAGUUUCAGCACCGAUCAGUCGGUGUGAGAAUCUUUGGGUUUCUUGCUCGACUCUUUUGUUUCCGGGGUGAGGUGGAUCUGCCGUGGGGGGCAGCUGACAGCCAUCCAAGACGCCGCGAGCCGUACUCCGCGUGAAGAAUGCCCAGCCGCGCUUGGCCAAGCCGGCCGACCCGGGCCCGACGGCGGGCCUCUACAUGGAGCGAUCGCAGAGCCGCAUCAGCCUGUCGGCGUCCUUCGAGGCCCUCGCCAUCUACUUCCCCUGCAUGAACUCCUUCGACGAGGACGAUGGGGUGGACACUGAGGGCAGGAAGCUGAAGGGGGGCAUCCAGAGGAGCACGGAGACCGGUCUGGCCGUGGAGAUGCCGAGUCGGACCGUCCGCCAGGCCAGCCACGAGUCCAUAGAGGACAGCAUGAACAGCUACGGCUCCGAGGGCAAUUUGAACUACAGCGGCAUGUGUCUCGCAUCUGACGCCCAGUUCAGCGACUUCCUGGAUGGGAUGGGACCCGCCCAGUUUGUCGGGCGACAGACGCUGGCGACCACUUCCAUGGGUGACGUAGAGAUCGGUCUGCUGGAGAGGAACGGAGGUCUGGAGGUGGAGGUCGUCCAGGCCAGAGGACUCACCAUGAAACAAGGUUCAAAGGGACCUCCAGCCGCCUACAUCAAAGUUUACCUCCUGGAGAACGGCGUGUGUGUGGCCAAGAAGAAGACCAAGUCAGUGAGGAAGAGUCUGGAUCCUCUCUACAACCAGGUCCUGGUCUUCUCCGAGAGCCCUCAGGGGAAAGUGGUGCAGGUGAUUGUUUGGGGCAACUACGGACGGAUGGACCGCAAAUGCUUCAUGGGCGUGGCCCGAAUCCUGUUGGAGGAGCUGGACCUCAGCACGAUGGUGAUUGGCUGGUACAAGCUCUUUCCUACCUCCUCCAUGGUGGACCCGACGAUGGCGCCGCUGAUCCGCCACUCGUCCCAGAUGUCCCUGGAGAGCACCAUCGGGCCCUGCUGUGAGCGCUCCUAAGACUCACGUCAACACUUAAAUCUGUUGUUGUUGCGACUAAGAUUUCGUUGCCGUCUCUUUUUAUAUGCCCUGUAACCUUGUGCCCCGGGUCAGCCGGGCGGCGCCGCCUCUGGAGCGGGUAGUCGUUAAGAAUCACUUCGACAGGUCCAACCACACCGGGGAACGAAUCACUCCCCUGAUCGGGAAAUUAUUUUACAAAUCAGUAGGUAGUUCUGGCUCUCAUUGGAAAUCUACUGUUUCUUUUGAUGUCGUAUCAGACUGUUUCCCGAGGACUCAUGGGAAACACGUUUCUUUUGUUGUUGCAGCCCCUCCCACGCACAGGAACACUUUGCUCUCUUCAGAUCUCUUUGAUGAAAAAACAAAACCCUCCUUAAUGAGGAUACUUCAAACAGACAUUGAUCACAUCCUCCUGGGACCAUGAUGCACUGCGGCCUCAGCUUCGCUUCACUUUCAAUUCUCACUUCCAGGAACGCUUGUCUGUCUGUCUGUGUCCUCAUGAAGGGACCGGACAGAUCACCCUGGGUGUCCACGUGUCCGGAGAGAAGGUGGGACUGUCUUCAGGUCGUCUGAGACUCUGGUCUCCAGGUGGGGGGGGGGGCAGGAUCUGAAGAGGACUGAAGAGAAAGAUGACAGAAUGUUUCCAACACUGACCUGAGUUGUUUUUGUUUCCUGUGUCACACAUUUGACCUUCAGUAGCAGUCAUGUGACAUGAAUCAAAUCCUCCUUCAUCGUCUGGAAGGAUCUAGAUCUGAACCGGAUCAAUGGGAUCCAGAGUUCUGCAGCCAGGUCUAGGUCUUGGUAAAAGCACGUUCUGAAUUCUCGAAGACCACGUACCGUUACGAUCAAAGGGUUUGAACAUUUUCAUUGCAAUCGAUCAAAGUAUCAGCUGAGUGUCAUCUUUUGUGGGAGGGGCUAAGUGGAAUCAGCUGGUGCUGUGAUUAGUCGGAAUGAAAACCUGCAGCCACAUUUUACCUGCUGGUUUCUGGACUCUGGAAUAGAUAUUUACAGAUUAUGUCAGUCACUUCAGGAGGUGGUUCUGGGAUUAAAGUGCAAACUAAAUUGGAUGUUAUGCAUGAGAUAUUUUAUCUCCACCCGUCCAUUUUCUUCUGGUUAUCCAGGGGUGGGGUCACAGUGGCUUUCCAGCUCCGCCUGGAGGAUCCCGAGGUGUUCACAGACCAGAUGGGAUUUGUAAUCCCUUCAGCGAGUUCUGGGUCUACUUCAAGGUCUUCUCCCAGUUUUGUAAACAACAUGGCGGCUGUCGGACCAGCCCUGCUAGCUAGUCAAAUCUCUGUCCUCCUGAGUAAAGCUCGUUGACGGGAACACAACAAACAGGACCGACGGGCUGUGGAGAACACGGGCUUCAGUCUGUGGGAUCUCAGUUCAGCUCUGGUGGGUCUGGUGGAAGGAGGCGGACAGACAGGAAGCAGCUGAGGAGGACGUUGACCGGGUUAACCACUGAGGAGGUGCCAGGUCCAACAGUCAUACCUUGACUCAAGUUAAGGACAGCGAUGGAGCGUGGAGGGGGUUGCUAUGGAGACUGCUACAACCCACCAGUCCCGACACCCAGCUGACACACCGGAAGUCGACCGGAGUGAGACCUGAACUCAGAUCCUGGCGCCAGUUGCACAAAACACCUUAAGUUAAGAUUUUCCUUAAAGUCUGAAUUAAGAUUUCCUUAAAAUAAAAACAGUUGCAAAAACACCCUUAAGUUUUCUCCUUAAGGUUACCUUAAAAUGUUCCCUUAAAUAUUUACGGUUUUCUCCUGAUCUUAGUCUUAAACUUAAGGAAUCACUUAAAGUCAGUUGAACUGUUGCACAAAAUACCUUAGAGACUAAAGUUCACCUGGUGAAGUUCCCGUCACCAGCUUCCCAAAAGUGAUCACAGAUAUCACAAGUUCUAAUGGCAGCAAAUCAAUGGUCUCCAUGGCAACAGUAGGAUUUUACCGCUGUAAAAUGUCUUUCAUUGCUGCAAAUUACCUUAACUUUUUUCAUUAACUAAGGAAACCUUUGAAGAGAUUCUGUGUAACACCCUUAAGUAACCCCCUCAGCUGAGGAGAAAUUUAACCUUAAGUGUCAGACUUAAGGAGAAAACUUAAGGUGUUUUGUGUCUCCGCCUCCUCUGCCCCCACAUGCUAACACAGAGGGAACCAUGCAGAUGUAGAGGCUCUGGUUUCUCUCAUGGGGAGGGGAGGAUGUUCCUCUCGGCCUGCCGACACCACAACAUAUAAUAUUUGAUUAGAUUUGCAUUUAGAAUUAAAAACAGAUGAAACGUGGUUAAAACCUGAUCAGGAUACGAUCCAGAUUCAACAGGCAGAACCAGCCUGGUCUGAACGGGGUCAUUUCCUUUGAUUCAGUUCAGUUUCCACACUCUGACACACGAUUCUGACACAGUGCUGACAGUGUAGGGCUGAAAACCUGCUGUAAAUCCCAGUGUAUCUGUAGUGAGCUCAGACUCUAGAAGUAGAUUUUUAAGAUUCCUCCUCUCCUUUUUGUUUUUGUUUUUAAAGUUUUGGCUAACGGUUAUCUGAGAACAGUUUCUACUGUGCCAAUUUCUACCAGCAAGUGUCUUCUCCUUCCUCUUCCUCAGUCACCUCACGGCACGUGAGGGAGGAAACAGAAACAACCCGCUCACACCAUCUCGACAGCAGCAUUCAGGCUGCGCACAGAAGCGUCACUUUUAUUCUAAAUUACAGCCCUAAUCCACAGACCGAGGAGGCACCUGGUGAUUAGCCAUGCUACA